ACCGCCGCCCGCCGCUGCUCUCGCCACACUCGUCUCUGGCAGUGCAGGCGGCAGCAUGUCUGGCAGAGGCAAGGGCGGGAAGGGGCUCGGCAAGGGGGGCGCCAAGCGGCACCGCAAAGUGUUGCGCGACAACAUCCAGGGCAUCACCAAGCCGGCCAUCCGGCGCCUGGCUCGGCGCGGCGGCGUGAAGCGCAUCUCGGGGCUCAUCUACGAGGAGACGCGUGGCGUGCUGAAGGUGUUCCUGGAGAACGUGAUCCGCGACGCCGUCACCUACACGGAGCAUGCCAAGCGCAAGACAGUCACGGCCAUGGACGUGGUGUACGCUCUGAAGCGCCAGGGACGCACCCUCUACGGCUUCGGCGGCUGAGAACUUUCGCUUUUCAAACCUAAAUAGCUCAAUACUAAGGCUCUUUUUAGAGCCACACACAAACCUCAUAACGAGAGCUGUUUAUUGCUCAAAAAAAUCAAGUAUUUUCUUGUUUGGUGUCGUAGUAUGUUAUUUAAGCAUGCUUUUAUUUAGUUUAGGAAUAAACUAAAAAAUCUCGAAAUGUU